GCUGAUAGGGUGCUGAGUUCUAGAGAUCGUAAACUAAACCAGCGCGGAAACAGAGUAGUAAUUCGAGCAUUGUAACCCGACUCAACCUUAAGCCAAACGCUUUAUUAUUCACGCUAGUUCAAGCAGUUGUCUGAGCUGUCAAGUAGCUAGAAAAGAACGAAGGACGAUCGAGGGUGUACCAAACAAAAACAAUAAAAUAAGCACUCCCCUCACGUAACGAUGAAGAAACAAAAACAUAAAUAGAGCGAGCGAGAAGGAGCAAAGGGAAGCCCACGGCCGGAGAAGGAGCGUGUACUGCGGCGCCGUUUUCCUGGCCCUCCGAGGCGGUGCACCAUCUCGCACGACGCUCGGGAAUGCGGCGGUUAUUAGACGACGCCGCCGCCGUGCCAGCGUCUCGGACGUGAAGAAAAGCCAGCCAUGGUUCUGCUUCCGCCUCCCGCAGCUGGUGAUGGGCCAGCCGCCGGAGGCCUGAGCGUGGCCGAGCUGCGUGCAGUGGCUCUAAGGCAGCAACAACAGUUGGCAUGGCAACAGCAGCAGCUGGUGGCCCGUGAGCAACGGUUGCGGUUCCUUCGGCAGGCACCACAUGAGCCUCAGGAACUCAAGCUGCGACGUCUGAGGGCCCAGCUGGACCAGCAGCAGGCUGGAAAUGCCAGUCUCGCGGCUGAGCUGGAAGCCGUGCGGGCGCUCUUCUCGGCGAAGGAGAAGGAGCUGUCAGUGGCGGCUGCCAAGGUGGAGGAGCUCACCCGGCAGCUGGAGGAACUGCGGCGGAACUCCAGUGGCUCCAACGGCAAUGCUGGUGUCACCGCCGCUACAACUGGAACGGACAGGGCACGGCACGAGAUGCUUAUGGCACGGGCUCAGCGUGCGGGGCAGCAGCGCGAACAGCUAGCGCAGCGCCAGGCGGAGGUGCAGGCCCUGGACCGUCGCAUUGCGGAGCUGCGUCAGCGGCUGCACAAGAAGCGCCUGCACAACAGCCAGCAGCAGCAGCAGUUGGCGCAGCAACAACAGCAGCAGCAUCCAGCACAGCAGCUGACAGUGGUGGCUCCCACAAAUGCUCGACCCGGAGGCUGCGGCGGCAGUGGUCCGCCGCCCCCACUCCUGCUCGCCGCCAACGUGGCUGCAGUGGAGCCCCGGCCCCGCUCAGAUCCCAAGUACCAGACACUGCCGUACAACACCAAGUUCCGCCCGGCUCCGCCUCUGCAGCCUCCGCCCCCUCCGCCUCCUCUUCCUCCACCAAACAGGCAGCCGGAGGGUUCUGCAGCAGCUAUUGAGGAAAACAGCCCUCCAGACCAAAAGAAGGCCAAAGAGGCAGACUCAGCUCCAGAGGCCAUGGUGGAAGCAGUGGCCGACGACCCUCCGCCACUCAUUUGCCGCUCCGAACCACGUUCCGUCGCCAUGGACGGCGCUCCUCCCAGCCCACCCGAGAGCAGCGAUGGCAACGAGGAAGAGGAGGAGAGGCACACACCUGACAGGGACCAAGAACCAGUGAAGGAUGAACAACAGUCGCAGCACCACAUGGCAUCUGCUGAAGGAUCUGCAAGUGAGACAGAUGGGUCACAAACUCAGCCGGUUGCACUGCCAGAACCACAGCAACGUCCAGCACGGGGUAACCUGCGCUCUUCGGGCAGUACGGGUGCCAACGGGGGUCGCCGAAAGAAGGGACCCCAACGAGUGAGCUUUGACCCCUUGGCCCUGCUACUGGACGCUGCCCUCGAGGGAGAGCUUGACCUUGUGCGUACCACGGCUGCUCAGGUUCCCAACCCAAGUGCAGCCAAUGAUGAGGGCAUCACAGCACUGCACAACGCCAUCUGUGCGGGCCACUUAGACAUUGUCAAGUUCCUGGUUGAAUUCGGCUGUGAUGUCAAUGCGCAGGACAGUGACGGCUGGACGCCCCUGCACUGUGCAGCAUCUUGCAACAACCUGGCAAUGGUGCGCUUUCUGGUGGAGCACGGCGCGUGCGUAUUUGCGGCCACACUGAGCGACCAUGAGACGGCUGCUGACAAGUGCGAGGAGGACGAGGAAGGAUUCGACAGCUGCUCUGAGUACCUCUACGGUGUCCAAGAGAAACUUGGUGUAACCAAUGGAGGUGUGGCAUACGCCGUGUUCGACUACGAGGCGCGACAGCCGGAUGAGCUGAGCUUUGCACAGGGAGACAUGGUGCAGAUCCUCCGCCGCGGAGGAGCCGAAGGUGAUACGGAACAACCUUGCGGAUGGUGGUGGGCACGGCUCCGCGACGGCCGCGAGGGGUACCUACCACGGAACCUGCUCGGGCUUUACCCGAGAGUGCAGCCGUGCCGUCCAAGUCCAGAGGAGUGAGCUACUCGCCAUUAGUUUCCACGCCAAAAAAGUAUUCUGCCUUUAACAACAGUGUGCCUUUGUCGCACCUUGUUGUGGACACAAGUGUUGGGACCCGCUGAAGCAGCAGAGUGUGCAUUGUAGCCACUCGUGGAACAGUAUAAACAGGGACCAGGAUGCAAGCGCAAUAAAG